UGUCUUCCCCUCGAGUACAUUAUUAAAUUGGAUGCUGGUGCGGGACACCUAAUAACCUUUCUGCAGUUCCUUUUUAUUGCUUUCGUGGGUUUUUUUACCUCUAAAUUUGGUGCAGUAAAUCCAAAAGUACCCCUGAAAGAUUAUUUGACUCUUGUUUUAUUUUUCUUCGUGACAAGUGUUGUAAAUAAUUGGGCUUUUAAUUUUAAUAUACCAGUACCACUUCAUAUCAUUUUCAGAGCAGGUUCUUUGAUAACAAACAUGAUAAUGGGUAUAUGGAUUUUAAAGAAAAAGUACACAUGGGAUAAAUAUUUAUCAGUGUUUAUGAUAACAUUAGGGAUAAUUAUUUGUACAUUAUAUUCUUCGAAAGAUGUGAAAAGCCCUAUGGAAAUUGAUUCAAAUCAAUUCUUUUGGUGUGUCAUUGGAAUUUUACUUUUGACUGGUGCUUUGUUGUUAUCAGCCAGGAUGGGUAUUUAUCAAGAAAAUUUGUAUAAAAUUCAUGGAAAACACCCUGAGGAAGCUUUGUAUUACACUCAUUUCUAUUCACUCCCAGGAUUUUUAAUUUAUUCAAGCAGUAUUUGGGAGCAUGCGGUCGAAAUCACUAGCAGUGAUCCAUUUAAUAUUCCUUUUUUGAACUAUGCAGUUUCAGUUAUUUGGAUCUAUUUAAUUUUAAAUGUUUUGACUCAAUAUAUUUGUAUUAGCUCUGUUUAUGUUUUGACAACAGAAUGUGCCUCAUUAACUGUGACUCUUGUUAUAACCUUAAGAAAGUUUUUGUCUUUGAUACUUUCAAUUGUAUACUUCCAAAAUCCAUUUACACUUGCUCACUGGGUAGGCACUGCUUUGGUAUUUGCUGGUACUCUACUUUUUGCAGAGAUACCAAAACGAAUUCUGGAUUCUCAAAAGAAAAAGAGCACUAAAGUGGAUUAGCUCUCGUCAUUGUAUAUUUUGAUCAAUAGAUAAUUAUAAAAUUAUAAUUUAUUGUUGAAGUAAUUAUAGUUUUACAAUUUUAUUAGCCUCAUUUUAUUUAUUUUUGCUAAUAUAUAAUUGUUGUAUAUGUUGAUAUAUCUUUUAAUAGUUAUGGAAUAUAAUUUUUAA